GGUUGUCAUCUCUCCCCGCAGAACUCCGGAUCCCCCUAAAUUGAGAAGGUUUCUGCUCACUGCAGAGAUGGAACACGCAGAGCUGGCGAGAUCGGCCGCCGACAAACUGCUGUCCUACACUACAGACGAGAGCGGCUGGAAACUCUGCAAAAGAACCAGAGAAGUUGCUGUGUACUGGAGACCAUCAGCAGAGUUUACAGGAAACCUGUACAAAGGGGAGGGAAUAGUAUCAGCGAAACUAGAAGAUGUUUGGGAGUGUUUAAAGCCAGAGCCUGGUGGCCUAAGAGUGAAAUGGGAUAAUAAUGUAGAUAAAUUCCACCUUAUUGAUGCUAUUGCUGAUGAUAUCACAGUAUGUCAAACAGUAACACCAUCUGCUGCCAUGGGUAUUAUUGCCCCAAGAGACUUUGUAGAUGUGGUAUUAAUCAAGCAGUAUGAGGAUGGCUCCAUAUCUUCUAAUGCAACAAAUGUGGAUCACCCUGGUUGCCCACCUCAGAAAGGCUUUGUCAGAGGAUUUAACCAUCCGUGUGGCUGCUUCUGUAUACCUGUUCCAGGAGAACCGAAGAAAACCCGAGUAUUAAGCUUCUUUCAGACAGAUCUUAGUGGAUAUCUUCCUAAAUCUGUUGUGGAAUCAUUUUUUCCAUAUAGCAUGGUUAAUUUUUACAGCAAUUUUACAAAAGCUGUGAAGGCAGCGACUGUAUGACAUACUUCAAUAUCUCCGCAAAACAUCUUCCAUCGUUUGGCAUUCCAAUAGAAAAGGUCAAUUAAGACUGUAAGAAAUCACAUCACUAUCCACAAUGGAGUGACUUAUCCAUAAAUGUCCAUUACUAUUCUUCUGCUGCAACUCCCAGAAUCCCUAAAGAGUUUCUGUGACUUGUGGCUCAAGAGCAGCUGGCCAUAUGGUUUUAAACAUUAGGCCUUAAAG